AUGACCACGAUUACUCGAAAUCUGCCUUGGUUUAUACGGGACACGGGAACUUCAAUAAUAGGAACAGAAUGCUACACGUCACUAGUAGAGAAUCUAGACAUCCAAGAUGUUGAAUGCCUCAAAUAUUCUCUUUCGAAAGCAUUGGGAAUUGGUAUAGUCGUCGGUGGAUCAGUUAUGAAGCUUCCUCAGCUACUUCUCAUUCUUCGGAGUCGUUCAGCAAGGGGACUUUCCCUUUCCGCAUACAUUCUUGAAACCCUUGCUUAUGGAAUAAACUUAUCCUACUCCUUCCGAAAUAUGUUCCCAUUUUCAACAUACGGCGAGAACCUCUUCCUUACCAUUCAAAAUAUUCUCAUCACAUUCCUCAUCAUAUUUUACACACCCUCGCUUCGCCAUGCUCGCAGGAGAAGAAACGCUCAGCUAUCAUAUGCAUUAUUAGGUCUCCUUGUAGGCAUAUUAAUCGUCUGUUAUUCCUCCAUGCCUAUACUAGCAUUUCUCCAAUUAUCCACCUUACCUCUCUCACUCACAUCGAAGGUGCCUCAAAUACGCCAGAACUAUCGUUUCCAAUCAACCGGCCAACUUAGCGCAUUCGCUGUCGGCUCGCAGGUCGUCGGGUGCCUGGCGAGAUUAUUUACAACGGCGACGGAAGUCGGAGAUUGGCUAGUCAGUGCAGGGUUUGCGCUUGCACUCGUGUUGAAUGGUGUUCUUGGUGUCCAGUUGUGGAUUUAUUGGGGGAAGGAUGUUGAUGAGCGAAGCGAUGACUACGAAUUCGAUGAUACAGCAGAAAAGGGGAGAGCUAAUGCAGCUACUUAUGCGCCUUGGCAAACCCAAUCGUUUUAUAGAGUCGGAACACCCCCGCCUCCUGCUUCUGGAGGAAAUAUUAGAAGAGGGACACGAAAAAGUCCAGCUGAUUUGGUGUAG